UGGAUAGAUUGAGUCGGCCUUGCUGGAGCGAUGAUGCUGUUAUCUGUUAGUAGAGUCCUGUCCAUUCACCGCUGCUGCAGGAUUGUUGUCAUUUUUCUGGGGCUAGCCUUCAGCGCUAGUUAGAUUUUCUCUCCAACAUACUUUGAUCCAGCAGGAUGUUAGGAUGGAGUGUGGCCCAGUUCUGCCGGACAGCCUGGUGUUGGAGAUCUUCCUGCGUCUGCCCCACGAUGCCGUGCUGAGAGUUGGUCUGACCUGCAGACAGUGGCUCGCUGUCUCCAGAGAUGAGUUCCUUUGGAGGGAGCUGUUCUACAGCUACUAUCGCAUACCACGUUCUGUACCCCGACACCCAGCGGCAGUGUCAUGGUACAAGGAGUUCCGACGACUAUUUGACUGCAUCCCCUGUGUGGAGGUUCAGACACUGAGAGAACACACUGACCAAGUCCUCCACCUGGCUUUCUCUCACAGGGGUCACCGCUUCUCCUCCUGCUCCAAAGACUGCACCGUUAAGCUAUGGGACACAGAGCGGCCAGAUGGUAAUAUAUCCAUGGUGCACAGCUCCAGCAUGCGGCAGUUUAACUGGGGCUACACCCAGUUCUCCCAGUUCAACGCUGACGACACCCUGCUGCUCGUGUCCGGUGUCUACCUGGGCCCACACCACUCCUCGUCUGGGGAAAUCGCUGUCAUCAGUCUGGAAAAUUACACGCUGUUGUCGCGUGUGAGGAACAAACCGUAUGAUGUGUUUGGCUGCUGGCUGAAUGAGACCCACCUGAUCUCUGGGAACCUGCACUGGAUAGGCAACAUGACAUCCUGCUCUGUGCUUUGGCUCAAUAAAGCCUUCCAGGAUGUUGAAUCAGAGAAUGUCAACGUAGUCAAGCGCCUUUUCAAGAUCCAGAACGUCAAUGCCAGCACCAUUCGCACAGUGAUGGUGGCCCACUGCCGUCGUCAUGACAACCCAGACUUGCUGCUGGACUAUGAGGCUCAGUCCCAGGCUCGGAGGCAGAAAGGGCAGCAGCAGCACCAGCCCCUCCUCUUCGACCUGGGAACCUCGGGCAGUGAGGAAGAAGAUGAGGAAGAGGAGGGGGUCGAGGAGAGCCAGAGGGAAGCAAGGCUCGGCACUUGCCGCCAUCUUCAGCCCACCAUCUCAGGCCUGGAUCACGUUAUGCAGAAUCGUAAUGUAGGGCACACAGAGUUGGCGAUAGAGACUCAUGUGGCUAAGAUGAUGGGCAGAGCCCACACAAAGGCCCCUGACCUGAUUGAGCCUUCUGAGCCGGGGGAGGGAGAGGACAAAACUUACUUACUCUUCACAACCGGCAGCCUUACAUACUCUCCUCACCAGAUAGGUAUAAAGCUAAUCAAGCCCGACCAGAUGACCACUUGUGGUCCAGUACUCGGGGAGGAGCGGAGUUCAGAUGAGUUUUUUGAUUCCCUGGAUCAUGUUAUUGAUAUCCAUGGACACAUCAUUGGUAUGGGCCUUUCUCCAGACCACAGGUACCUUUAUGUGAAUAGCCGGGCUUGGCCGGCCGGGUGUGUAAUCUCUGACCCCAUGUCUCCUCCUCCCAUUGCCGAGGAGAUCGACCUGCAUGUCAUUGAUCUGAAGAAUUUGAGGGAGGAGAGAAGGAGCCUGCGUGCACACCGAGCCUUCACGCCUAACGAUGAGUGCUUCUUCAUCUUCCUCGACGUCAGCAGAGACUUUGUUGCCAGUGGGGCAGAGGACAAGCACGGCUACAUCUGGGACCGUCACUACAACAUCUGUCUGGCACGUCUGGCACAUGACGAUGUGGUGAACUCAGUGGCGUUCAGCCCCGCUGACCAGGAGCUGCUGCUGUCUGCAAGCGAUGACUCUACCAUUAAAGUGUGGCGCUCACCGCGCAUGGUUCGCCUGGCGCAGACGCCCUCCCGGCCGCUGAGACCCCGAGGCCUCCUGUCCUCCUGGCUGGGACGCAACAAGAACUCAACGUCUACCAGCAGUGUGAAUGGAAAACCAUGAGUCAGGUUGGAAAACACUUGCUCUGGGAAGGAAAAUUUGAGAUAUAUAUAUAUAUAUAUAUAUAUAUAUAUAUAUAUAUAUAUAUAUAUAUAUAUAUAUAUAUAUAUAUAACACUCCAUGUAUAUGUAUAGUGUGGUUACUGUCAGUGGUUUUGCUUGAGCUCACAGUGUUGUGACACACAGCAGUGCUCGGUGUCUUCAGCCAACAGGAGACGGGACUUGUUGUGACUCAGUGUCAGACACAAGAGAGCGCUAUUGCGCCAGCAAAGGACAGAAAUUGCCACACACUCUGUUGUGCUGUUGUCAGGAGUGAUUUGAAAUGUUCACACAGGUAGAUAGUGUAGAGCUGACAUCUAAACGCACAAUACACGUCCAAAUGUGUCACCCAAGAGAUGGUUUGUCUGUUGUUGUUUUUUACCUGUAACAUUGCAUUUGAACAGGUCAAAACUCCUGCACCUGAAGUGUAAAUGUCUUGCAGAGACUGCACCUUACGAUCACGGUUGAUAUGUCCUGCUCAGAAGCAAAGUGCUAUAACUGAGAAUUACUUCAGAACUGUCUUUUCUUCUUAAUGGGUAUUUCCAAUUGAUGUAUUGAGUAUGAAUUCCCUAGAAAUCCUGUUUUGAGAUAAUUAUAAAACCAUUUAAAAUCAAAAGGGAAAACAUUUAGCUGCAUUUACUGCAGUCUGCCUUGGUUUUUAAUUACAUCACAUCCCAUUGUGCCCAAGAAAUGAUCCAUCGCUAUUCUGUUCAAAGUAGAAUUAUUGAGUAAUUUAAUGUAGAAGAGUUGUUGAGGAACAGUCAAAGGGAAGCAUGACUGUGAACAAACAAAAUGUUUGUGUAGCUUAUUGUUAUUUGGGCCUAUAUUCUAUAGAAAUGUAUUUAAACAUCCUUUUUAAUUUGUAGCGCAACACGUAACCCUUUAGUUUUGUCAAAAGACUCUGACACAUUUAGAUGAAUCUCAGAAAUUGAUGUUAAAUUUAGUUGAAAGAACAGAUUUUACACCACGUAACAAUAAAGCAAAAUUCAAGUUACAGAAUGUGACCCAAUUCUUUAAUUUAGACAUAAAAUAUGUUUGUAGUACAUCUUAAAAGUACAGGAAAUAUUUUACUUAGUAUAACUAAUGAUGUAUAAUGAUUUAAAAUGUUCUUGCAGACCAAUAUCGAGAAGGACGGCCUCUCACCCCUUAACUUCCCGUCAUGUUUGUAGUCCUUCAAGGUCCUUUUAGUUCUAUUGCUGAAGGACCGGUGUAAAACAAUCAAAACAACGUGAUGCAAGCUUAGGUACUUUACCUGGUAGAUAUUUAUGUUUCAGUGGAGAUUCCCUGCUGAAGGAGGUUGUGGUGAAUUAGAAAACAACCUUUAAUUAUGAUUGUGUGUUGUGUCAUUACCUGGACAGAGUCAGCUGGUUGCAUUUGCAUGUCACCAUUUCAGAGAAACCUGUGGAAGUUAGUCACUUCAUCAGCAGAUUCUUACCACCAGUUGAAAAAUAUUAUUAUUUUAAAGUUUUGAAAUGUGUGUAAUAAGUCAUGAACUUUCUCCUUGGUUCCCUUUAAAAACUUUAGUAUCUGUUAUUUUAACUGUAGAUCUAUCUUGUUAAUCAUGUUUCCUGUCUUCUAAUGUACUUUUCAUACCCCCCCUAAAAAUAAAAAGCAUGCCCUGGAA